AAACCUGAGCUACAACAAGUUGACGGAGAUUGAUCCUUCUGCCUUUGCAGGGCUGUCGAACCUGCAGGAAGUGCGACUGAACAACAAUGAGCUGACUGCCAUUCCCUCCCUGGGACCUGCUGCUUCCAGCGUCCGCUCCCUCCACCUGCAUCACAACAGGAUCCGCAGCAUUGAAGCAAGUCAACUGAAGCCCUACGUUACCCUGGAAACGUUGGACCUGAGUUUCAAUGACAUCACGGAAAUCCGAAACGGCUGCUUUCCGCAGGGACUUCACAUAAAGGAGCUCUACCUGGGGAGCAACAGAAUCAGCACCUUGGAGCCUGGUGCUUUUGAUAGUCUGUCACGGUCCCUGCUAACACUUCGUCUGAGUAAAAACAGGAUCGCUCAGCUUCCUGUCAAGGCGUUCAGGCUACCUAGGCUAAUACAACUGGAGCUGAACCGGAAUCGCAUCCGCCUGAUUGAAGGCCUGACGUUCCAGGGACUGGACAGCUUGGAAGUCCUGAAACUCCAGCGCAACAACAUAAGCAAAUUGACCGAUGGAGCUUUCUGGGGUCUGGCCAAGAUGCAGGUUCUCCACCUGGAGUACAACAGCCUGACCGAAGUAAACAGUGGCUCUCUCUAUGGCCUUUCAUCUCUGCACCAACUUCACCUCAGUAACAACUCUAUAUCCCGCAUCAACCCGGACGGCUGGAGCUUCUGUCAGAAGCUGCAUGAGCUAAUCCUCUCUUACAACAACCUAACCAGGCUGGAUGAGGGAAGCUUGGCAGACCUUGGGGGACUGCACGUACUGCGACUAAGCCACAAUUCCAUCAAUCAUAUUGCAGAAGGUGCUUUCAAGGGACUCAAAAACCUACGUGUGCUGGAACUGGACCACAACGACAUCUCAGGCACAAUAGAAGAUACCAACGGAGCUUUUACAGGCCUAGAAAACCUGAGCAAGCUAACUCUGUUUGGAAACAAGAUCAAGUCGGUGGCCAAGAAAGCAUUCUCAGGGUUGGAGGCCCUGGAGCACCUGAACCUUGGGGACAACGCCAUCCGCUCCAUUCAAGCAGACGCUUUUGCUAAGAUGAAGAGCCUGCGGCAGCUCCACAUCAACAGCGACAGCUUCCUCUGCGAUUGCCAGCUGAAAUGGUUGCCCCAGUGGUUAGUUGAGAAAGAGCUGCAGUCCUUUGUGGUGGCCACCUGCGCCCAUCCUGAGUCACUGAAGAGCAAGAGCAUUUUUGCCAUCCUGCCAGAAAGUUUUGUGUGUGACGAUUUCCCCAAGCCGCAGAUCAUCCUCCAGCCCGAGACGACAGUGGCUGUCCUGGGGAAGGACAUCCGUUUCACUUGCUCGGCCGCCAGCAGCAGCUCCUCCCCCAUGAUGUUUGCGUGGAAGAAGGACAACGAGAUGCUGUAUAAUGCCGAGAUCGAGAACUUCGCUCACGUGCGGGCAAAGGAUGGCGAGGUGAUGGAGUACACCACCAUUCUGCACCUCCGGCACGUCACCUUCGCCCACGAAGGGCGUUACCAGUGCAUCAUCACCAACCACUUCGGCUCCACCUACUCCAACAAGGCCCGACUCACUGUUAAUGUGUUGCCCUCCUUUAUCAAAACUCCCCACGACAUCACCAGCCGGACGGGGACAACGGCACGGCUGGAGUGUGCCGCUGAAGGACACCCCACCCCACAAAUCGCCUGGCAGAAAGACGGGGGCACGGACUUCCCCGCGGCCCGGGAGCGCCGCAUGCACGUCAUGCCUGACGACGACGUCUUCUUCAUCACGGACGUGAAGAUAGAAGACAUGGGGGUCUACAGCUGCACGGCGCAGAACUCGGCGGGGUCCGUGCUGGCCAACGCCACCCUGACUGUGCUGGAGACGCCCUCUUUGAUUCAUCCCCUGGAAGACCACGUAGUGUCCGUCGGCGAGACUGUGGCUCUCCAGUGCAAAGCCACCGGGAGCCCCCCUCCCCGCAUCACCUGGCUGAAAGGCGACCAGCCCCUGAUCGUCACCGAAAGGCAUCACUUUACCUCUGGCAACCAGCUCCUGAUCGUGAGGAACGUUGUCUUGGAGGAUGCUGGGAAAUACACCUGUGAAAUGUCCAACACCCUGGGGACGGAGCGCGCGCACAGCCACGUGAGCAUCUUGCAGUCUCUCGGCUGUAGGAAGGACCGUACCACGGUGGGGAUCAUCACCAUCGCCGUGGUGUGUAGCAUCGUGCUGACGUCCCUGGUCUGGGUCUGCAUCAUCUACCAAACCAGGAAGAAGAGCGAAGAAUACAGCGUCACCAACACAGACGAGACGAUUGUGCCUCCCGACGUGCCGAGCUACUUGUCGUCCCAAGGGACUCUCUCUGACCGGCAGGAAGCGGUCGUCAGAGUAGAUCACCAGCAGCCCAACGGGCACAUAGACAGCAACGAUGGUUCGUUUGUUACAGGUAUGUGUCAGACUGAUGCUGGAAGGUGUCCAGACGUUGAAGCUCCCACCGUGGGCUGUAGACAGCCAAAGCUGUGUAUCGGCUAUAAUAAAGACACUUGGAAAACCGAAGACAUGGCUGAUGGAAUGCUUGUUCCAGAUAAGACAGGCUACGGCCUGCCCGUGGUGUGCGCGGACUGCAGCGGCAGCACGGACAGCCUGGACGCCCACAUCUACCCCAAGGAGCCCCAGUACUACUCGGAGAGCCUCCAGGCGCUGGAGGACACCUACCCGAGCGCGCUGAGCAGCAAGGAGCAAAAGAGGAAGAGGGGUGCAGGCACCAGCCUUCUUCAUCCUCAGCCGUGCAGCGGGAUGGCCAGCGGCAAGAGGGUGGAAACGGACGGGACCCUCUACCCCAGCAACCACGACAGG